AUGGCCGAGCCACCCCAGCAGACAGGGGCACAGACGGAGCCCUCGCUACCCCAAGAACUGAUCAUGCUCUGGUGUUCAGAUACGCUCCGGAACGUGCCCCUCGCCGCCGCAGCCAUAGACACCCGUUCGCCAUGCAACACCAUCACGCAGCAGGAGAUGACCCGGCUCUUGGGGGUGGUGCACUACCUCCGCGCCCGGCCGGAGGCUGACGACCCGGACAAUCCAGACCCAGACCCGCAUCAGCAUCACCACCGAGGGCAGGGGCUCGUCGGCACGAAACUCCUCCAAAUCGAACACGCCGAGGUGUCCAUCCUGAGGGAGGAGACCUUUUGCAUCGUGACCCACGCGCCCUGGCCGAUCGUGCUGAACAGGUCGAUCAAUGUGGCCGACGCGACGCCCGAGGUGCAUGUCUUGGGCGGGUCCGUGGAUCCCAAGAAAGACCAAAAAAGGAAGAAAGAAGCCAAAGAUCAAGCCAAGAAGAGAGAGCAACAACGAAUCAAGGAGAGGGAAGUGGAGGGAGGGGAAGAAGACGUGAAGGACGAGGGGGAGAGGAAAGUGCAGAAGCAGGCAGGACAGGGACAGGGACAGGGGCAGGGACAGACGCAGACACCAGCUCAGACACAAACACAAACACAGAACCCGAGCCCAAGCAAUUGA